AAGAUCUUAUAAAUAUAUGGAAUGACACAAUUGGUGUUGCGAAAGAAGAUUUUGAUAAUAUACUGAAGGACUUAAGGGAAUGAAUACAAAAGUAUUUAGAUAAUAAUAUUUAUGUAGAUACUGAUAAAAAUAAUAUUAAGUCAUAUUUAUAUGAAAAAAUAUGGAAUGAAAAUAUUACGGAAUAUUAUGGAACAAUAGCAAAAGAAGAGUUAGAAUACAAUAGCACGUUUUUUAGUCUAAUUAAUGACAAACAUACGCUUGAUGAUAUAUUACAAUUUAUUUAUGCAUUCUUAGAACAUUUUAGGACAUUAAAAAAGGAAUUAUAUGAAAAAUACAAAAAGAUUCUCCUUGAAAAAAUUAAGAAACAUUCUGAUGGUGACUACUUAAUAUAA